CUGCAUGCGGCUUCUCUUGUUUGUUGGCUCUUGUGGACGGUCUGUCGCCUGAUUUGGCAAGUUUGAUCGAAUCCAAAGAUUUUCGCUGACUCUUUUCUGCUCUCUGGACAUAUUAUUCUGCUAAUAUGAGUCGCAGGAAGCACGAUGAGGACGAUGGAUACGAUCGCAUGUACAGGAAGCGCCGUAAGGUAUCAGAAAAUCAAGACAUUGAGGACCGCCUGGAGUCACUCAUCCUGCGUGUUGGAGAAAAGAGUACCUCUUCACUGGAAAGCAAUCUGGAAGGUCUCGCCAGUGUUCUUGAAGCUGAUCUGGGAAGCUUCAGAGUCAAAAUUCUCCGUAUUUUGGCAGACUGUGCCACCAACAUGCCAGAAAAAUGCACCAUCUAUACCACUCUGAUAGGACUACUCAAUGCUAAAAACUACAGUUUCGGAGGAGAGUUUGUGGAGUACAUGGUGCGUAAUUUCAAAGACGCAUUGAAAAACUGCAAGUGGGACGCCGCUCGCUACGCCCUGAGAUUCCUUGCAGAUUUGGUCAACUGCCACGUAAUUGCAGCUGGGUCUCUGCUCCAGUUACUGGACAACAUGGUUGACGCAGCCAAGGAGGAUGGCGUUCCACAGGUUCGCAAGGACUGGUACAUCUACGCAGUUCUCUCAAUCUUGCCUUGGGUUGGCCGCGAACUUUAUGAAAAGAAAGAGCAGUCUUUGGAUACACUGAUGAGCGCUAUCGAAGUGUUUCUAAUAAAGCGCCACAAGAACCACCACGAAGCUUUAAAAGUGUGGCAUUCUGAUGUGCCCCAUCCUCAAGAGGAGUACUUGGACUGCUUGUGGUCCCAGAUCCGCAAACUGCGGCAAGACAACUGGGCUGAAAAGCAUAUUCCCCGGCCGUACCUGGCCUUUGACAGCAUUUUGUGUGAGGCUCUACAGCACAAUCUGCCUGCUUUAUUGCCACCUGCUCAUAGUGAUUCUUAUCACUACCCAAUGCCCUGGGUUGUGUUCCGCAUGUUUGACUACACUGACUGCCCAGAGGGUCCAAUUUUGCCAGGCGCACAUUCUAUCGAGCGCUUUCUGAUUGAAGAGCACUUACAUCAGAUCAUUGAGAGUCACCACUUGGAGAGGAAAGACGCCGCUGCCCAACUGUUGGAUGUCCCAUAUAAACAGAAAAUCCCGCUGGACUACAUGAUUGUUGAAGUGAUCUUUGCUGAAUUGUUCCACAUGCCGUCUCCAAGAUAUCUGGAAGUGUGCUAUGGAUCUAUUUUCAUUGAGUUAUGCAAAUUACACCCAAGCCGCAUGCCCCAAGUUCUUGCUCAGGCUACUGAACUGCUGUUUAGCAGAAUCGACUCCAUGAACACAGCUUGUUUUGACAGGCUUGUGAACUGGUUCUCGUAUCACUUGAGCAAUUUCCAAUUCCGCUGGAGUUGGGAGGACUGGGAGUCAUGCUUGCAGUUGGACCCAGAGCAUCCUCGCCCCAAAUUCAUCAAAGAGGUCCUUCUCAAGGCCCAACGAUUGGCUUACCAUGAAAGAAUCCAUAAAAUUGUACCAGAGACCUUUGAGCCUCUCAUCCCUGAGAAACCAGAACCAACCUUCAAGUACUCAGAUGUCACUGCGCCUGGAGCAAACACGGCCCGUGCUAUUGCAGAUGCCAUCCGCGAGCGAUGCACUCCAGAGGAGGUUCUGACCGGAUUAGCUGAGCUGCCGAAUCCUCGCGCUGGCGUCGAUGAAGGCGAUGCGUCCAGCUACAACCCUCUGAAGAUCGAUGUUUUUGUGCAGACACUUCUGCAGCUGGGAAUGAAGAGUUUCUCUCACUCAUUUGCAGCCAUCUCCAAAUUCCACUAUGUAUUCAAAGUGCUGGCUGAAUCUGAAGAGGCGCAAAUCUGCGUUCUGAGGAGCAUGUUUGAACUGUGGCACAAUCACCAGCAGAUGAUGGUGGUGCUUGUAGAUAAAAUGCUCAAGACGCAGAUCAUUGAGUGCUCUGCUGUGGCCAACUGGAUCUUCAGCAAGGAUAUGAAUGGAGAAUUCACAAAGAUGUACUUGUGGGAGAUCUUGCAUUUGACCAUUCGCAAAAUGAGCAAGCACGUGCAACGUCUUGGCAGUGAACUGAGUGAUGCCAGAGAACGAUUCCACAGAGAUGAGAGUCACACCUCUGAAUCUGACGAAGAAAUGGGAGGCGAAGGGGCUGGUGGCUCAGGUGUUGGCAAAUCAGGCAGUGGAGACGACAAGGACAAACCUAGCGAGGAUAUGGUGGAGCGCAUGGAGGAACGACUGGAAGCCGCCCAAGCUGACCAGAAGAACCUCUUCCUCAUCAUUUUCCAGCGGUUCAUCAUGAUAUUGUCAGAACAUCUGGUUCGCUGUGACACGGAUAACAGAGACUUUGACACAUUUUGGUACCGCUGGACCAUCGGCCGCCUUCAACAAGUCUUCCUUGCUCACCAUGAGCAAGUGCAAAAGUACAGCUCUACUCUGGAAACUCUGCUCUUCACGCAUGACCUGGAUCCACACAUCCUCAAGGUGUUUCAGCAGUUUGUUUCCCUCCGGGCCUGAGGAAUUAGACUCGCCCCAUAAAUCGUGUAAACUAUUUGAUUUUUGCAUUAUUAGUAGAACUGUUGAAAUCGAGGUCAUUAUAUGUAGCAUCUUGGGUGUAAAAUCUGCCUUGUUGCUUAUUAUCAUGUCUCUUUAAUAAAUAAGUAUGAUAAUGUGCUUAAA